AUGUCCAAGAUACAGCAGCAAGCCGACACAUCCAGCCUGCUGCUGCUGCUGCUGCUGCUGCUGCUGCAAGUUGAGAUGAUGUCUGGAAAACAAGGGAUUCAGUCCAGAUUUGGUCCAUCAAACAGAAUCUUGGAUCUUGCACAGCACAAAACCUCAAAAACAGUUUGGGCCACAACUCCUUGUGAGAAGCUGAGCUGGGGCAACCAGGAGCCAAUAUGGCCCGUCUCCACUUCAGUGCUCGGAGCCGUUCCAAGUGCAAGAAUCCAAUACCUAGCCAGGCACAAAAGAGACUUCUCAGCAAGAGAGGACCACCAGAGGAAGGAGGAGGAGACGAGCUCCUUCAGGAAGACCCAGCGUCCUUCCUCCAGGACGUCCCAGUACGAGCACAUUGUCCGCUUGUCAACACCCAAAACCAGGAGCCGCAGCUCCCAGGAAGCAGGGCCUCCUCACACACCUCACUGUGAGAAUAACUGUCCUAUUUGGCACGUUGAUCCCAAAAUGAAAUCUGCUGUCAUCACGCUGCGACUGCUGCAGCUCUCAGACCCCAAAGUGAACCAUCCAGACUUCCAGAGCAACAGAGAGAGUGUCGCAUCCAUUGUUUCUUUUGCUUCUAAGACGGUCCAGAUCUCUCAGCGACUGGUCCAGCUGUCCCUGCCCAGACUGAAGCAGAGCAACAUCUGCUGCCAGCUUGGACGCCCGGAGGAAUCAAUCUGGAUGGUUCCAAGAGCAGCGAGGAGAGCCACAGCAAGUGCUCGUGUUGAAAGGCUGGCGACACCAAAAGAGCUUUCCAAGGACUACGUCCCUCCACGAGAACCAGAGUGGAGCCGAAAAAACUUCCUGUCAGCCUGAGCUUCUUCUCUCAAUACCUAAACCAAGUCAGUGCUGGUUUGUGCCAUCUGUGGAGCUAGUUCAGCAUCAACCUAUAAAUACAGUGAUGAUGAUCAUUGUGGACAUUUAACUGCUCUUGGUGCCUUAUUAACGCUGGCUUUCAACCUGUCUAAAGAUCCUCUUGUUGUUUCUCAAAUUCUUUUAAGCUAAUAAUCACGAUGAAGCUUCUGUUUGCUGACAAAAGAAGAUACUAGAGUCUUUUGUUGUGUUGUCUUCCUUGAUUUUUUGAAGUAAUGCAGACUUCAGUAACAGGAUCUAAAUAACAGCAAAUAAAAAUAACAAUAUAAGCUGUAAGCAUGAUAAAAAUUACUACAUUUUUAGAAAGUCAAGCUGAAAGUUUCUACAUCACACUCUAUAAGUUGCAUUCUGGACCAUGAUCAACUUUUUGUGAUGUCACAAAUCAUGCUGGUAGGCCCCGCCCCUUAAAAGCAGAUUUUCGAUGAGCACAGAGAAACUUUCCACUUUCAGCAGAUGAAUGUGAAAACAUCCUUCUAGAGUCAAACUCUGCACAUACAGCAUUCACACAGCUCACUGUAGGAACUAGAACUAUAUAUAUAUAUAUAUAUAUAUACGAGAUAUUUUACUGGAGGGGGACUUUAAAUAUGUUCAGAUUCUAAACUCAGUUUGAGACAUCUGGAGAGGGAAUGUGAGUGAGAAACAACCCAAGUUGGUACAUCUGUUUCUGUGCAGUUCUCUUGGGUUGUCUGUCGAUAUCAUUACCAUGUGUAUAAAACCUUGAAUAACAAUUUUGGACUGUGAUGUUAGAAUUUCUGAAAUAUUGCUGGUUUAAAUCUUAGACCUUUUGAAAGAAAAUCAGAGCAGAGACGGUGAAUAAUGUUAGGAAUAAAAACAUGUCUCCCGC